AUGCGAUUCAAACGACAAGAUCCUAAAAUCAGAAGGAGAGUGUUCGAUGGACUCGAUGGGAGACGAUUGGCCAAUCUUGACGAUGUUGCGACCCUCAUCAAAUCCGGGCGAGUCGAGAACAUUAUCAUUAUGGCUGGAGCAGGGAUCUCGACGAGCGCUGGUAUCCCUGAUUUUCGUUCACCAGAGACUGGGAUCUAUGCAAACUUGGAGAAAUAUAACCUGCCUUACCCUGAAGCUAUUUUUGACAUCGACUACUUCAAGAAGAACCCAGCGCCAUUUUAUACAUUAGCCAAAGAGCUAAAUCCGAAGAACUACAGGCCGACUAAAACUCACCAAUUCUUCAAAUUAUUGGAGACCAAAAAGAAAUUAAAGAGAUGUUUCACUCAGAAUAUCGAUACCUUGGAACGCUUGGCUGGUCUUUCUGAUCAUCUCAUUGUUGAGGCACAUGGUUCAUUUGCAACGAACCGUUGUAUAGUGUGCCGCGCUGAGAUGUCCGACGAUCGGUUUAUGCAUCAGCUCGAUCAGAUUUCCUCACCUGAUCCUCUCGUCGUCAAGUGUCCUGAAAAGAGAUGCAUAGGAAAACCUACUGCUUUGGUUAAGCCCGACAUUGUUUUUUUUGGAGAACAGUUACCGAAAAAGUUUUUCGGCAGUCUGACGGAUUUUCAGGAAGCAGAUCUAUUGAUAGUCCUUGGGACCUCACUUCAAGUGCAACCCUUCGCAAGUCUGAUCUCGACUGUGCCGAUCAACUGUCCUCGCCUACUCAUCAACCUCGAGAAGGUUGGCGACAUCGGCCAUCGUGGAGGCGGAGCUGAUCAAGGAGGAUUUGAUUUCGAAGGGAUACAAAGGGGAGGCAAGGAGUUCAUCCGAGACGUCUUGGUGCUUGGUACCACGGAUGAUGGGGUCGAGGAACUAUGUGACUUGCUCGGUUGGAAGGACCAAUUACUCGACUUGUAUGACCCGUCGCGUAAGAUCCAAACCCAUGAAAAAAGUCUGAGUAGUACAAGUCAAGAAGACGAGCCUGAAAUUGAGGCUGAUAGAGGAAAGGAUCAGAUGGAGGGGAAAGUUUUGGAUCCAGAAGAUAUUAAAGGCCAAGCGCAUCGGGACACGCGCUCUCCUGUCCUUGACGCCACUUCAUCCUCUCAAGCCAACCCUACAUCCCCUGAACGUCAAGAAUCCCAGAAGCUGCCGGCUAAACUUCCCGCUCCAGUCGACACCGCUCAACUUCAAGCCAAUCCUCAAGAAAACCAACAGCCCGAAGAGCCUGUUGAUCAGCUCGCCGCUACGGUAACUCAUUUAUCACUUUCUGAAAAUCUUUGA